AUGGACGAAACACCCACGCAGCGGCAAGCGCGCGAGCGCCGCGAGCGUCGCCAAGCCAAAAUCCAGGCCCAAGGCGCGUCGCGCCUCGAGGCCAUCACGUCGCUGAGCGGGCGGCCGGCGCCGGCGCCUGAGGAGCCUAACGGGGCCUGUUUUCUAGCGUCGCAAGCCCCGUCGAAACAGCAGCAAGCUCCGCCGCCAAACCCGCCCCCCGCGCCCGUCAUCGCCGCCGCGCCGCCCAGUGACGCGCAUGCGCAUCACCCCGACCCUGAUGAGGUCGAUAUUAGCGAGCACUACUACCAGCCAGCAGCGGCGGGGGGGCGCACGAGCCUGGCGCCCGCAUACAGCAACAACGGCACGCCCGGGCGGGGCCUGAGCCCGAGCCCGAGCCCGAGUCCCGGCCCCGGCGCCGCCGGCGAGGACCCCAUGAUGCGCAUGCUGCAACAGAUGAUGGGCGGGGCGGGGGGACCGGGGGAUGUUGGCGGCAGCAGUGGAGGCAGCGGCGCUGACGCGCAGGAUCCGAUGAUGCAGCUGAUGGCGCAGAUGAUGGGGGGAGCAGGAGCAGGAGGAGCGGGCGGGUUCUCCGGCAUGCCGGGCAUGCCUGACAUGCAGCAGCAGCAGCAGCAGCCCACGAGCUCCGCCUACGUCUGGCGCGUCGUGCACGCCGUGUUCAGCUUCGCGCUAGCAGCGUACAUCGCGCUGGCAUCGACGUUCAACGGGUCGGCGCUCAGCCGCAGCCAGUCUGCGUUUGUUGGUGGAGGAGAAGGGGAGGGAGCGGAUGGCGGCAUCGGGCCGCGCCUGUUCUGGCUGUUUGCGACCUUCGAGGUCGUGCUGCAGAGCUCGCGCUAUUUCCUCGAGAAGGGGCAGCUGCCGCCGAGCGGGCUGCUGGGCACGCUGGGCGCCUUGAUCCCCGAGCCCUAUGCGGGCUAUGUAAGGCUCGUGGGCCGGUACAGCACUAUUUACACGACGGUGGUGGCGGAUGCGAUGGUUGUCGUGUUUGUGCUGGGUGCGAUGGCGUGGUGGAAGGACUUGGUCGUCGCGUAG